AUGCUGUACAUUAACGUAAACAACAUUUUUUUCAAAUCGUACUCUGUGGAUCCACUUUCAGGACAUGCAAUCUAUGUCUUUGAUUCAACUUAUUUGCCGUCAUCUGAGGAAGUCGGUGACAAGCAAGUUUAUGAUCUGCUCAUCGACAAAUUAAUGGAUAAAUUAAUUGCCAAGAUUCCAUCAGCACCAUUUAUACUUGUAGUAUUCUCAUCAGGUUUCCUCCAGAAAAAGAUUAGUUGGGUCUAUGGAAUAAGAAUGUUCUCCAAAUUACCAAAAGAAUUGCGUGCCUGUUUACAAAAAGCGUAUAUCGUACACGAAUCCUUUUUUAUCAAAACGGUUUACCAAGUUUUAACCAAUGCCCUAAAUAUUAAGAACUUGGGUAACACUGCACUUUUAGAUUUUAGCAGUUCUAAAAACAGCUUAGAUUCUUUACAAAAUGCGACCAUUAUCCAUGUGGCUGAUUUGACCGAUCUUUCAGCCCUAGUUGAUAUUACGAGAUUAAGGAUAUCGCUUAAUGUUUACCUUUACGAUUAUCAAUUUAGUGAAUACAUCGAUGUUCCUCGAGAGUAUUUCGAUAGGCUAUCAUCAUUAGGAGCUAGACAAUACAGACAACUGAUAUUUGAUAAGAUAUUCAAAAGGUUAGAACUAGAUGCGACAAAACACGAAUUGGUAUUCCAAAAGCCAGGCUCAUACAAAAGAGUAAACAUUUUAUUGGACAUCAUCGAAAGGAACAACUAUAUCGAUCUAUCACAAUGGGACAUUUAUGCACUUGCGAGUGUCUUCCUACAUUUUUUAAAGCAUAAAUCAUUGCCACUGAUACCAAUUGAUUUCAUUGCAUUACCAAUUAGCGAUGAUUUUGAAUACACAUAUACCACUUUUUGUUCGAUGGUAAAGCAUAAUCAGUACUAUGACCUUUUAGAGACUGUUUUCCCCUUAUUCAUCGCGCAAUUGGAACAUAGUGAUGUAACCAAACAUGACCCAAGGACCUUGAGUAAGGCCCUAUGUCCACAGUUGUGUCAGGAGAAAAUAUCCAUGAUAAGUGCAGAUAGAUUGGCCAUAGGGACUAGAUUCAUUAGAAACCUUUUAGAACACUUCCCAGGUAUUGUACAGCGCAUUGAUAGAGCAAGAAUGGGGAGAACAAAGGCACCUUCACCAAUUAAAAGAGUGGACAGAUCCAGAGAGGAAAGACUACCUCGUAAAUCGUCCAGUUCGAACUCAGCUCCACAACCGCCAAGACCAAGAAAGUUAUUUAAUGACCAGGAAAAAAUUCCAAAAGAACAAGAAAUACAAGAACCAAAACCAAUAAAACCUAUAAGACCAAUUACAGUCUUUGAUACGAACAAGAUGCCUACAGUGGAAAGAUUAGCGCCAUCGGUUCCACAGGAAAAGCCACAAUCGCCACAAAAACGUUUAUCCUCCGGAGAUGUCUCCUCUAAAAAUACCAUCGACUCUAGAGAAGACCUAAGUUCCUCAUCUACCAUGGUAAACGAAUUGAACAACAGCAACAACAACAACAACAACAAUGAUACCGAUAACAAUAAUACCAUACCAGCCUUAAGACCAAAGGAAUCUGUCGAAGAUCUGGCAUCAAGAUCUACCUCUUUGAGCGGCAGUACAGAUACCAUCAGCCAAAUGGUCACGGAUAACCAAUUGGGAGACACAAAUAACGAGAGCGAUACCAGUGCGUCCCAACUAGCAUUUGAUGACAAAAAGGUCUCAUUACAAAAAUCAACAUCAAAAUCAACAUCACCACCACCACCUGCUCCAAAGAUAAUUCAAUUCGAUAGAGAAUUACAAAGUAAAAGACUAAAUCACGUUAAGAAUCAGAAUACUAAAUUUUCUCACGAAGGUUACUCAGAUAUUAAAGCAGGUAGCAAGGUGAGUAAGCUUGCAGCAUUAUAUGAGGAAAGAUUACAGGGUUUACAGGCCAUUGAAGAGAUUAAAAAGAAGGACAACCUUAAAGGGCUGUAA